CGGCGGCUCAAAACUGACCUGAUAUUUCCGUAAAUCGUCAACUUCACUUCAAUCCCUCGCUCGAUUAAGGAUGGCAAGCUCACCGGACGAUUGGUCGACCCAAUCAAAUGAUGCCCUGCAUAUCUCACUCGUCCGUCCAGAAAACAAAGCCUCCAAAACCAUAACCACCUUUCAUCCGAAGUUCACAUACCCCAUCUUCGGCGAAGAAGAGUCGAUAUUCGGAUACCAGGGCUUGAAGAUUCACUUGAGAUACAAUAAGUCCGAUAUGCGCCCCGGAGUGCUCAUCACAUACAGCAAGCGCUUCAAAGCUGUCGGAGACGUCGAGCCAACGGACCUGAAAGGCCUCCUCGCAGACUUCUUGCCAGAAAAUGCGUUCCAGAAGUCAGCCGCGUUUGAUGCCGCCAUAAACGAUCCAAACCUCAAGAACUUCACCCCACCAGGGAAGCUCCUCCAGAGCUACGAGAAGGGUGAUGCAGCAUACGAAAUCUGGUAUGGAAACUCGGCAGACCCCGCAAUCCAACAGCUUCUCCGCCGCCUGCAAAUACUCGUCGCUCUCUUUAUUGAAGGAGGCACCGCGAUUGAUGAUGCGGAGUGGGGGCCAGGCCGCUGGACUGUAUUCUUGCUGUACAAGAAGAGCCCAGCUACAGACGAAUCGGCGUCCCCAUACACGUUCAUGGGCUACUGCACCGUCUACAAUUACUACCCGUUAAUCCCCAAGCUCCCGCUUGGCGCCCCAGGAACCCAGCGCAAAGCAAUCUCUCUCCCCGUCAACUCAGACGCCUCAAUCCCAUUCCCAGACCAAUCUCUUUCCGACCUCCCCAUCCGCUCGCGCAUAAGCCAAUUCAUCGUCCUCCCCCCCUUCCAAGGCGGCGGCCACGGCGCCCGCCUCUACUCAACCGUCUUCGCACACUAUCAAUCCGAUCCGCAAACAGUCGAAAUCACCAUCGAAGACCCCAACGAGGCCUUCGACGACCUCCGCGAUCUGAAUGACCUCAUCUACCUCCGCAGGCUUCCCCAGUUCCAGGCUCUGAAGAUCAACACAGCCGCGAAUGUGAGGAGGAAGGGACGAGUUCCUUCGGACGAGAUUAUCGAGCAAUCCACCCUCAACGAAUUACGCAAGAAAGUUAAGAUCGCACCGCGGCAAUUCCAGCGCCUCGUCGAGAUGCAAUUACUCUCCGCCAUCCCGACCAGCAUCCGCAAAUCCCUCACGCUAGAGCACAAGAGCGCGAACACCCCUGAGACGAAGCUCAGACAGCACGAAUACCGGCUCUGGUGUCUGCUGGUCAAGCAGAGGCUAUAUAAGCAUAACAAGGAUAGCUUGAUCCAACUUGAGCGCGCGGAGAGGAUUGAUAAGUUGGAAGAGGCGGCGGGAAAUGUGGAGUCGGAUUAUGCGCGGCUGUUGAGGAAGUUGGAUGGUGGGAAGGAGGUGGUGGAGAAGGAGACGUUGGAGGUGCCGGAGGCGAGUGCGUCGUCGCGUGCUACGCCGCCGGGGAAGAGGGUGGCGGAGGGAGGGGAGCUGGAUUUGUCGGUGAGGCAGAGUAAGAAGGCGAGGGUUAAGGAGGAGGCGGAGGAGGAUUAGUAGAUACUGGAUGGGGGGACUGGGCAUGGAUGGGUGGAUUUCAGGGGUUGCAUUGCAUUAUUCAAGAUAGGCGUCGGAGCUGGGUGCUAUUGUGGAGCGUGUGGAUACGCGGAAUGGAAACUUAUGA